AUGUUUUAUUUGUGGUUCGGGGAGAGACCCUACAAGUGCAGUGAGUGUGGGAAGAGCUUCAGUCGAAGCUCAUCCCUCAUCCAGCACCAGCACAUCCACACUGGGGAGAGGUCCUACAAGUGCAGAGACUGUGGGAAGAGCUUCAAACUGAGCUCAUCCCUCAUCCAUCACAAGUGUAUCCACACCGAGGAGAAGCCCUAUAAAUGCAACGACUGCGGGAAGAGGUUUAUCCACAGCUCGUACCUCCUCUACCACCAGCGCAUCCACACUGGGGAGAGGUCCUACAAGUGCAGAGACUGUGGGAAGAGCUUCAAACUGAGCUCAUCCCUCAUCCAUCACAAGUGUAUCCACACCGAGGAGAAGCCCUAUAAAUGCAACGACUGCGGGAAGAGGUUUAUCCACAGCUC